ACGGAACCUACCCAAUAUUUAUUUUGAUUGUUUCUCUGACUUGAUUUCGUGAUAACCUAGAAUAUUGCCAACCAAAAAAAACUGUGCAAUUUUGGUUUUUAACUGUAUUAGUUCGUAUUUAUCAAGUUUCGUCAAAUAAAAGUGAAGACAAUGUUCGGACAACAGUCGUUACGAGUCGUAAAAAUAAUAAUUGGCAAUAGUGCUCUUCGAAACUUUGCAGCCUUUUUCUCAAACGCGUAUCCCACCGCUUCCAAAGUUGCGGUGGUGCUCUCAGGCAGUGGGGUGUACGAUGGCUCGGAAAUACACGAGGCGUCUGCCAUGUUGGUCCACCUGACCAGGGCUGGGGCCCAGCCCCUCUGCUACGCUCCAGACGUGGACCAGAUGCACGUGGUGGACCACCUGAAGGGCAGUCCGGCCGAAGGACAGACGAGGAACGUGCUGGUGGAGUCUGCGAGGAUCGCCCGAGGGGCCGUCCAGCCCCUGUCCGCUCUGUCGGCUGCAGCUGCGGACGCUGUGCUGUUCCCGGGAGGCUUCGGCGCAGCCAAGAACUUGAGUGACUUUGCAGUGAGUGGAGCCCAGUUCACAGUGCACCCGGAGGUGCGCAGGGUGCUGACGGAGUUUCAUGCGAGCAAGAAGCCGAUAGGGCUGGCGUGCAUAGCACCCGUGCUGGCGGCCAAGGUGAUCCCCGGCUGCACCCUCACUCUGGGGGCGAGCGGACCGGAGGCAGGCGACAAGUGGCCCCACGCUGGAGCCGUGGACAACGUGCGGCCCCUCGGAGUCAACCUCGAGCUCAAGAGAGUGAACGAGGUGUGUGUGGAUGCCAAUAACCGGCUGGUCACCACGCCGGCCUUCAUGUACGACGGCCAGUUCCACGAGAUAUUCGACGGCAUCGGCCUGCUGGUUACAGAACUCCUCAAGCUGGUCAGGAAGUGAGCUGAGGUGUGGUGACGGGACUCCGGGUGCGGGAUGUCUUUUUUUUUUGGAUUGAAACAAUUGGAUUAGUUUUCCAGUGGUUUUAAUACAGACAUAAUAUUGUUUUACAUAUUUGAAAUGUUUACAAACCACUGUGUCUUAUGUACAAAAAAGUCAACAACAAUAUUAUAACAACAACACACAAAGGUGAUUCAGUAAUUUGCUCUUGUAUUAUGCAACCCAUCCAAACAUUUCUGUCAUUGCAGGAUUGUGUUGUACAGUUUCUUUCCGGAUCUGGUUCUUCCAACAAGGAAAUAUUGUGAGCAGCUAAUGUGCAGAAGCCACAGUAUUCUCAUAGAAGUACUGAAAAAAAUGAUUUAAAUUUAUUUAAUUUUGAUAUUGUUACAUCAUUCUUUUUAGAUUAUAUUUUUUUAAAUUUUUGUGAAUUUUUAUUUAUUUCUUGUCACUUAAUCAUGUGCAGCAUAGUGUAUUUAUUGUUCAUUGUACAAUACAUGUAAGUUAUGAAAAAUGGUUUGAACAAUAUAAUAUAAAUUACUGUGUGUGAGGACCUUGGAUUAGUAGGUUCAAAACUGAUAUGUGGCCUUCAAAAAGAGUAAAGUUGGGCAUUUCUAGUCUAGAUAAUGCAAAAGACUGUUUGCUUGACCACAAAUUACUAGGCCUAUUAGGGCUAUCGAGCGAAGCUAAGGUCUGGAAAUAAAUAGUUUUGUCGGGCUUUCUCCACAUUACUUAAUGUACCACUUUUCAAACUCCACCAUCAAAAAAAAAAAUCUUAAGACUAAACAUUGCAGUGGCCAUAACUUAAAAUGUGACUUGUGCAUAUUGCAUACAUAACUUGUAAGGUUUCCAAUAUUUUCUGUUAGCAAUAUACUUGUAAUCUAGUCCUACUCUAAAGAAAAACCCAUGCAUAAAAAAAAGAGCAUAUGUAACUCAGUACACAUGAUAGAAGCAAAACCUUUUUGGCAAUUCAAACUUCACUCACAAGUAUAUCGUAAGGGCUAAAAGGGCAGAGAGAAAGAAAACUUUUUUUAAAAAUACCACCGCAUGGGUUUCUUUUACAUAUAUUUCUUUAUCAAGUAUUUAAGAAUCCUAAUCUUUUUUGUAUUUAUUAGAUAUUUGAUUAAAAUAAAAAUAAAUUAAUAUACAUGAAUUAACAUAAUUAUUAUUCCAAAAUAACUAAUCAGGAUAUCAAUAAUUAUUGAUCAAGCAACAAUGAUUAAUUAACAGUAAAUAUUACUCACUGUUGAAAUACACCAUUAAGAAAAACUUUGCAUUUUACUGUUUCUUCAAACAGUUCUGCCAUUUGGAACAUACCAAAUCUGAACAAAAUAUGAAUGUAUAGGAUACCUAUAUGUAUUUUCUACAAGCACAAGCGCAUACUCUCUGUCUUGUUCUUUCGUUCAUCUAUCUUUCUUGGUUCUAUUUUUUUUUUGUAUGCAGGGGACGAAUCUUUGCAUAUUAAGGAAAAUGAAAAUGAGCCCUGCAAUGUACAUAGCAUAGUUCUCUUUUUAGAUCUUUUUGGCCAAGUACAUAUUCUCUGUCCUUUUCACAUCAGAAACGUUUCAUAACAAUGUUUCAUGAAAAUGAUUCGUGAAAAUUCAGCCUUGAAAUUUGAAUCUCAUUGCGCCCAAAGAAGUUUCACUUAAAAUCGUGAUAAAUCAGCUGGACCUCAAGAAUUUUGCCCCUUUCCCUUACCCCAAACCACCUUUUCAUCUCAGUGGUCUGAUCAAUAUUAGGGCGUGUGUCUUUAAAAUAUUACUGAGAGGCAAGUUGACAAUUUUUCAUGUGUCAAGCUUAUGGAAAUAUUUAUUUUCUCCUCGAGGUUGAAUUACUUUUGUGGGACUGGUGUGUAUUUAUAAAAGGCUUUCAAUUUUGCAACUUGUUUUAGUAAAAAUUAGAUAUAAUUAACUUUGGUAGUGUGUGUGGAACAUACUGCAGUGUAUGUUCGGUCAUAGUGACAGGUUUGUAUUCAUGUCCAUCCAGCUGAAGCUUUGAGGACGUUCAUGAUAAACUACUGUGAAACCUCAUUAUAAAGUACCUCACUAAAAAGGAUUUCUCACUUUGAAGUAUAUAUUUUCAGGUUCCAGCAAGAUGUCUUAAUUUUAUUAAUAAAUCAGUAUAAAGUACUUUCUUUUUAAGCACUCAAAUUGUGGGUUUUUCCAGAUACAUUGUAAUGAAAUUUCACUGUACAUUAUGAGUUUGUAAAUACCUACUGCUUGAUUCUCCGUGUUUCAGUUAAGAAAAAUGAUGUAAAAGGGUUGUGGGGACCUGAUUCGUGAAUUCCUGUAGGUGAAAAAUAUCAUUCCGAGAAACAAUGCUUUUAAAGUGAAAAUGACUAAAUUUGCAGUAUUUUUUCUAAAAAAUGGUAAUUAAUUUGUCUGUAAAAUUAUUUUUGAAACAAUGUUGAAUAUAUCAUUUUUGUGUAAAUAAAAUUAUGUACAUAAGUGUUA